AAGACUCGUAUUCGCAUUUUCGUCCGGCUAUGAAUCCACCGCCAUAUUCCGAACAUCUGCCAACGCAAAAUCCUUCAAACCCAGCAGUUGGACAAGCUGGCUACGAAAUGGACAAUCAGCCUCAAGUGACAAUUGUCCAUCCACAAACUACCACAAUAAUCCAAGGAACAACAGUGAUACCAGCACUCAUUAUGUCAGGAAAUUUGGGUCCAAAAUCAACACCGUACUUUUGCAAUAAAUGCAACCAGCAAAUAGUUACCGUUGUUAAAAAGAGAUCCUCAAUGAGAACGCAUGUGUGCGCGGGUUUAUUAUGCUUUUUCCUUUGCUGGCCCUGCGUCUGUAUACCUUACUGUAUGGACUCGUGCAAGAAAACUGAGCACUAUUGUCCGAACUGUGACGCGUUCAUUGGUAGGUACGACGCAUAAUAUGAAAGGAAGAAUACUGUAUACCGUGUGGUUCCGGAAAAAUAGAAUAGAACCACCCCUAAUUGAACCCAAGGGUGUCGUAGGAGCCGACUAAGGGAACUCCGAGCAUGAAGAUAUCCUUGUUAAAUUUGAACUUUUCACUCAUACCAACGUGAAAUAGGACAUUGGCGGGAAUUUGACUCACAACCACAAGCGACAGAGGCAGUUCGUGAUAUGAAGUAAAGUUGGGUAUAGGCAUAUUAUUAUAUUACAAUAAUGUGACAUCAGUGAA